AUGGCGUCUGAGCUGAAAGCGGAGCUGAAAUGUUCCGUCUGUCUGAACAUUUUUACACAUCCUGUAAACCUGAGAUGUGGACACAACUUCUGCCUGGGUUGUAUUGAUCGUGUGCUGGAUACACAGAGGGGGUCUGGAGGAUAUUCCUGUCCUGUCUGUAGAAAAGGGUUCAAAGGUCGUCCUGCACUGCAGAAGAACAUAACAUUGAGUAACAUAGUGGAGAAUUUCCUGUCUGCUCAGCCUGAUUGGGAGGAGUCCAGGGUCUUCUGUACUCACUGUGUGGAUUCUCCUGUACCUGCUAUUAGAUCCUGUCUACACUGUGAGGUUUCCAUGUGUGAUAAACACCUGAGAGACCACGAAAAGUCCCCAGAACACAUCUUCACCUUGUCCAUGGAGAGAAAGAAAUGCUCCAUCCAUAAGUGGAUCCUUGAGUAUUACUGCACUGAGGAUGAUACAUGUGUCUGUGUGUAUUGUUGUGAGAUCGGAGGACAUAAAGGACACCAGGUGAAGACACUGGAUGAGGCUUCUGAGAAGAAGAAGGAGACAUUGAGAAAUUUUCUGCAGGAACUUCUGACAAAGAGAGAGGAGACGGAGAAAAGGGUCCAGAGUCUGCAGGAACACAUGAGGAAUAUAGAAAAAGAAGCAGCUGGUGACACAGAGAGAGUCACUGUCCUGUUUAGAGAUCUCAGGAGACGUCUGGAAGAUCUGGAGAAGAGAGUCCUGAGAGAAAUCUCCGGGAGGGCAGAGCGGAUCUCCAUCUUCAUCCGGGAUCUGGAAAUAAAGGAGGAGGAGCUUACUGAGGAUGGAGAUGAUGAGGACAGAGAGAGACAUGAGAAGCUCCUCUAUGAUGGAGGGGGUCUGGAUGUGGCGGGGGUCUUACACCCAGGUUUAUCUGAUAUAAUAACAGAGAUAAAUGCAUACAUCUAUAUACAGGAAGCUGCAGACAUAUUACUGGAUGUAGACACUGCUGAUAAUACUCUACACAUAUCCGAUGACAGGAAAACUCUAUCCUGGUCAGGUAUAGGCCAGAAUCCCCCAGAAACACCAGAGAGAUUUCAGUUUUGUCCUAAGGUGUUAAGCAGUCAGAGUUUCUCUUCAGGGCAACAUUACUGGGAAUUGGAUGUUGGAGGAUCACAAUUCUGGAUAGUGGGGCUGUGUUACCCCAGUAUAGCCAGGAAAGGAAGGAGGUCCGAGAUUGGAAGGAAUAAAAAGUCCUGGGGUGUGGAGAGGUAUGGUGCUCAGUAUGGGGUGAUACAUAACAGUAAAUGGAGCCAUUUACCCACCAAUAUUUCCAGAGUUCACAGAGUCCGGAUAGAUCUGGAUUAUGAGGCCGGGCGGAUCUCCUUUUAUGAUCUGUGUGACCCGAUCCGACUCCUCCACACCUUCACCACCACCUUCACUGAGCCCCUACAUGCUGGGUUUGGUGUAUUGGGAGGUUGUAUAAAGAUAUGUGGGGGGAGGCCAGAGGUGUGAGAACUCCACCCAGAAUCUGGUGACAUCACAAGGAUGGGUGGUGGGAUUGGUUCAUCAUUCCGCCAAUGCUUGGAGGAAAUGGUGACUCCUGGGAAAAGUAUGAGGGCUGCAAUUGCAGGUCUCCUUAUGGAAAUGCUAGUUGCUUUGUACUUGUUCUGUGUCCAACACUGGGAUGCUAGUCAAUACAAAACCUAGACAAGACAGCCAUGGAACUACCAUUCUCAAAGGGAGAGCUCAGCAAUGGCCGCUCCCAUAAUUCUGUUAUGACAGAUGCCUUGUGUCCCUUUCUGACCAUUAUCUUUAUAUACGACCUGUCGGCAAGAGUUUAUACCAAGAUCAUGACUGCAGAAACCGGUGAUCAGCUGUUUUGUAAAAGUGAUCUGGGUGGCUUUUCAGUGUCUGACCACUUUUAUAACACUGCCACAACUACCACAGCCUGAAGCUCUCCCUCUCUUCCCAGGAGCUUGGACUUUGGUAAAUGGCCAUGACGGCAUCACGUUGAGGAGAUGGAAGAACAUCAGUUCUGUGAUCUCCUCUGGGAUGAAUGAAUCCAGAAGUGAUAAUGAUUUCAUCACUUCCCGUUUUACAGCUUCACCUCUGCCCUCUGGCGGUCAGUCAAAAUAUUGGAGGGUGAUCUCUCCAUAAAGAAGACCUGUCACCUGUCAAGCUAUCGCAAAGGGGCAGUGCCAGAACAAGGUCAUCCAGCGCCCAGGGCAAAGAUUCCAAACCAUGCCCCCCUUCCCCCUUUUUAUGAUGUGUUUAUGAUGUGCAAGCUUAGAGGGUCCUACACCAAGUAAACCAUUGCACAUAUAGCAACUUUCCCCUCCUGUCCACCCCUUGUCCUGGCCCUGCAAAGGGGCUAACCAGUGACUGUUAUUUUAUUCUUUUUUUUUUUUUAGUAAAAUUUUGCAAAUAAAUUAUAUUAAAUU